UAAGAAAAUAAAAUAAAAUACACACAAGAAUAUUUGAAAAGCUCAAAGAUUUUACCAUCGUCAGAGUUAAAUCCCAUCCCAAAUCUUUGCAUGAAAUUGUACGCAGCAGCACAAAUGAUCCACUAGAUACUUUCCAUUCUGCUUCGGCCUCACCAGGUAAAGUGAUUUUCUCCCAAUUUUCGCAAUGGAGAAAACAGACUCAGAUUUGGAUCCAGAACACCAACAUAUAAUGGAAUCUGGUUUUUCACGGACUAUGCAAAUUGAUCCCAGAAGGUCUCGAUUUCCGUGCUCCAUUGUGUGGUCGCCACUUCCCGUCAUUUCUUGGUUCAUUCCUUUCAUUGGUCACAUUGGAAUUUGCAGAGAGGAUGGAGUCAUUUUGGAUUUUGCAGGUCCUAAUUUUGUUUGCGUUGAUAAUUUCGCAUUCGGCUCUGCUACUCGCUAUCUUCAAAUACCCAAAGAUAAGCAGUGUUGCAUCCCUUUAGGCCAGUCUGCAUACAAGGGUGAGGAACACUACCUGCAGGACGAAGCCGGAGGCGAGUUGAGGAACUGGGAUGACGCUCUACUGAAAAGCACUCAAGAAUUCCAACACCGAUCUUACAGUCUCUUUACAUGCAACUGCCACUCCUUUGUUGCCCAUAACUUGAACAGGCUCAGCUACCUGUCCAACAGAUGGAAUGUGGUGAACCUUGCCAUUUUCAUUUUACUCAACGGACGGUGGGUCAACAAAACAUCUAUGCUGCGAACGAUUUUACCAUUUGUGGUUGUAUUUUUUCUUGGAGUCACAUUGGGAGGCUUCACUUUCUUAAAAUUUUGGUUCUUAUUCACCUCGGUUCUAAUUGGUUGGUUCCUUCUUGGCACAUAUUGUUUUAAGAAUCUGAUUCAGUUGUAGUAUCCGUUUUUCUCACGGAUACAUUGUAUAAAAUUGCAAUACAUUCAAGGCUUGUGAAACUUAUCCCUAGACUUUUUGUGUUCGGAUUCGAGAAUCUGAUUCGACUGUAUUAUUUGUUUCUCCUACUAGUACCUGUUCUACUCUGUAUAAAACUGUAAUGCUUUCACAUUUGUGAGAGAUUGUUCCUUGGUCCUAAAGGAACUAUUCUUUGGGGCCAAAUGUUUACCGUUUUUCAUCAA